CGCCUUUGCCGCGUUCUCUACCUCUGCAAGCCGGAAAUCCCCUGCUUCAACAUAGCCUCUCUCCUCCCAACUCAUCAACAUGCGUUCUCCUCCAUCCCUCUCAACAACUGUCAGAUCAGAAAUUAGUGGAGGAAGAGGGCGAGCAUCAGCUAACAACGUUCUGGCCGGUGCCUGCUCCGCCGUCGAUUUCGAAGAUCACAACAUCUCCCCUCUCGAACAGGCAAAAGAAUUCGCUCCCCUAAACCCGACUGCCAAGCAAGGGUGGCCCUCCAACGACCACCACGCCGGUAAGUAUUGAAAGUAGCCCCGCCACCGGCGCUGGCGACGAGGAUGGUCCACUCGAUGGCGGCCGGAUCGCUCGUCGGCGGCGCGGAGAAGCCGGCUCUGAUACCCCUGGGCGAGGAGUCGGCGAGGGAUGCGGGGAGCAACGGCUCAGAUUGAUGUAGU